AUGGCGUCGUUCCUGUCCCGGGCUUCUUCCAGCAACCACGUCCAGCUUGCGACGACAGCCAUUGUGUCGGGCGCCGUCGUCGCCGGUGCCAUUCUGGGAUACCAACAGUUCCAGCGAGAGUCGCGCGUCCAUCAGCUCAAGCACUCGAUUCCCGAAGUCGAGAAUGAAGGGGAGGCCCUCAGAAAGCUGACUAGCUACGGCGGCGCAUCCAAGGCCAACGACGAAGACCUGCGCAACGAAGAGCUCGCCCGCCGGGCGCAAGCCGGCGACUUCGACGACGAGCUGAUCCUCGAGCAGCUGGCCCGCAACCGCGUCUUCCUCACCCCCGAAGGUCUGGAAAAGCUGCGGAACUCCUUCGUUAUAGUGGUGGGAUGUGGCGGCGUCGGCUCGCACGCAACGGCAGCGCUUGCCCGGUCGGGAGUGUCCAAGAUCCGGCUCAUCGACUUCGACCAAGUGACGCUGAGCUCGCUGAACCGACAUGCCGUAGCCACCUUGGCCGAUGUGGGAAUCGCAAAGGUGCAGUGCCUAUACAGGCGGCUGAUCGCCAUCACACCAUGGACCAACUUCGACUUGAGGCUGGAGAAAUACUGGGAAGAAGCUGCAGACCGCCUACUCGAGCCGUGGAAGGGAACGGGACAGAAGCCGGAUUUCGUCAUCGAUGCCAUUGACAAUAUCGAUACCAAGGUCUCGUUAUUGAAAUACUGCCACGAUUGCCAAAUCCCAGUCAUAUCUGCUAUGGGCGCGGGCUGCAAGAGCGAUCCCACGAGGAUUAUUGUGGGCGAUAUCGGAUCUAGCACAGACGAUGGGCUGUCUCGUGCUACGAGGAGACGCUUAAAGCUAUUAGGUAUUACCAAAGGCAUUCCUACAGUGUUCUCGACAGAGAAGACUGGAGAGGGCAAGGCCGAGCUGCUUCCGUUACCAGAGGAGGAGUUCCAGAAGGGCUCGGUUGGAGAUCUCGGUGUCCUGCCAGACUUCCGAGUGCGCAUCCUGCCCGUGCUGGGAACUAUGCCUGCUGUCUUUGGAUACACGGUGGCAAACCAUAUCAUUCUCUCGAUUACAGGAUACCCUCUUGACUAUCCGAUUGCCAAGGGCCGUGAUAAGAUGCACGACAGCAUCCUAGCUGCGCUCCAGGGCAGCGAGGAGAAGAUUCUUCGCCACCUCAACCCCGGGAGCGACCACACCAUUGCUGUUGGCCUCAAAAUCCCGGUGACUGUAGGAGAUGUGUCGUUCGUCGCCGAGGAUAUUUUCAAGGGCCGAAGCGCCGUCACCGGCCUUGCCACCCGACUGGUCCUUCUCCGGUGGCGGAAGCCGACCAAGUCGACCUUACUGGAGAUUGAAGGCCAGAAGUCGAGUGACUUGAGGCUCAGCGACUUGGUCUGCAUGACCAAGGAGGAGGCCACCAGGCACGAGCGGGAGAUUCUCAGGGGCGACAAGCGUGUGGAAGAUGUGUACGACCAGGAGACGAUAGACAAGAUAGAGGGGCUCCUCAAGGAGACCGCCAAGUACGAGAAAUAUAGAUGA